AUGAAGCCUGGCGAUAACCCCAAAAAUAUCGGUCGUGGUAUUGGGAAUACCGCAUGUUGGAUCACAGAUCCGUCGGAUGUGCACAGAUUGAUGCCAUUUGGCGCCGAGGGAGAACUGCUUAUUCAGAGCCCGUACCUCGCCAUCGCCUAUCUCAAGGAUUCGGAUCGCCAGAAACAAGCACUAUUGGACCCGUCAAGUCUGGAAUGGGCUCCAUUGAUGCCCCAUAUGGAUGGAUCCCGGGUAUACCGCACUGGUGAUUUGGCCAAAUUCAAUGAGCUUGGCGAAGUAAUCCUUUUGGGUCGUCAAACCGGAUACGUCAAAAUCAGAGGGUUGCGAGUGGACCUGGGAGAGGUUGAAAAUGCGAUCAACUCAUGUCUCAAGUCCGGCCGUUCGGCUGUCAUUAUGUCUGAAAUCAAUUCUGAGGAUGCAGAAAUUGUUGCAUUUGUCGAAACAACCGAUCACCCUGGAGAUCAACUGGCCGCUAAGUUGGCUGACCAGUUGGAGGAUUUCUUGCCCACAUACAUGAUCCCAGUCGUGUUUUUGUUAAUUGAAACCAUGCCACUGACGCUUUCCAAAAAGAUUGAUCGACAACAACUUCGUGGUCGCCUAUCAAAAAUGGGCAAAAAAGACCUCCAAGCCUACCGUAGAGGAGGCUCUUCAAUUGAAGAUUGCUCUAGAAUCCCGGAAAGCAACAAACUGGCGAUUGAAAUCAGCAACCUCAUCGCAGAUAUGUUUGAAAGCAAGGACAGCGACUUUGCAUCGUUUCUGCGAGGAAGGGAUUUUUUCGUGACAAAAAUUGGCUUCACAUCCAUGCAACUAGUGACGUUUGUGAACUUGAUGCGGAAACAGUACAAGACGAAUAUCAGCAUCAAAGACUUGCAGAGAAAUAACCUCAGCGUUUGCAAUAUCGAAGAUUUUCUGAUUGCAAACCAAGAUUUUCAAAGGCAAUCCAGCUAUGCAAGAAACCUGAUGGACGAUCUUGCAAAGCUGAAACCAAGGCUCGGUCCUCCUCGAGGAACUGACUCGGAUAAUCGCUGUAGAGAAGGACUCAUAUGCGGCCAACUGUAUCGCUCCGAUGUCAAACGUCGUCAGGCAACUGUCUUCCUAACUUCCAUCACCGGAUUUCUCGGAAGUCAGGUUUUGAGAUCGCUCUUGGAACAUCCACAGAUCGAAUGUGUCAUUGGACUUGUUCGUGCCAACGAUGAAGAGCAGGCCCAAGCGAAAGUGCAGCAGCAUGCCGAGCUAGGUCGGUGGUGGAAAGCCGAGUACCUAGAUCGCAUUGAAUUCUGGACAGGAGAUCUAAGCAGACCGAAGCUUGGCUUGCAGGAUACCCAAUGGGAGCAAUUGUUCUCGACAAACUCAACAAAACGAAUUGAUGGAAUCAUUCACAACGGCGCCCGCGUGAACUGGAUCGAUAGCUACGAAGACCUCGAGCGUGUAAAUAUCCACAGCACUGUCGACAUUCUCUCGGGGCUAUCAAGGAUGGAAUUCCCGUGUCCGUUGAUCUACAUUUCUGGUGGAUAUGUGCCAACGAAACCAGAAAGCGACAGGGAAAUUGCCAAACGACUUUCUGAAGCAUCGGGAUACGAGCAAACGAAAUUUAUGUCUCAGUUGCUAUUGGCCGAAUAUAACGACCACUUGGAUGAAUCGCAAUCCAAAGCCGCGAGGGCCCGCACAGUGAUACCUGGGUUUAUUGUGGGGACCCAAAAGGAGGGCAUUGCACAUACAGAGGAUUUCCUCUGGCGGUUGGCAUUCAGCAUGGUUCGACUGAAGUCUGUCAGUCAAAAUCUGCAGUACUUGACUGUGGCGGGUGUUGAUCAGGUGUCCAGUCUCAUCACUGAUGUUUUCCUACAGCCAGAAACAUAUCAAUCGGAAAAUCUGAGCUGUGUGGACAGCGUGACUGUUUCAACAUUCUGUAAUGUUCUCAGCAAGCACACGAAGAUCCCCAUCAAGAAGAUGAACCAUCACGAGUGGAUGGAGAAGCUCAGAAAAGAUGUUGAAGAAGCCAAUUUUGAUCAUCCGUUCAUGCCUAUUUUGAGUUGGUUCGAGGAGAACACUUGGCAGUUUGAGUACGACAAAGAUAGUAUCCCUGAAAACCGCUACUUCAACCCGGAAGAAACGAUUGCUGCAUUGGAUCGCAGUGUGAGGUAUCUGAUGGAUAUUGGAUACCUAUCGCCUGAUCUUAGCCAGAAAAAACUGGGAAGCUCAGCUGGAUUCAAACGAUCUAGCUCGUGA